AUGAAGAAUUAUCCCCGGAGGCGUUUCCGAAGGUCGACCAGACCGAAGGAAAGGGAUGGUCCAAUGGGUGUCACGAGCAGCAGCAGCGAUGAACUGAGACCUUCGGAGGUCUUUGAUCGAAGAGUAAGAAAGGAGGAGGCAGCGAUGAUGCGCUCUUCUCGGUCGGCUGCUAGCAGCGUCGUCGGGAAAGGGAAGAGGUCGAGGGAUAAGAGGGGGUUGUCGCGUUCCGUGUUUGCUUCGUGGAAACACCCACUUCGGUGGGUUUUGCUCUCGAUAAUCACAAGGAAAGAAGAAGGAAGAAAGAAGGGAGACUUGCUGUUCUUCUGGUUUGCUGGAAUACCCGAGAUGUGUUCUUGUGUUCUCGACUGGAUGCAGAAUGAAAGCAAAUAUGGAGGUGUUUGGGUGUUGAUUAUUUUAAGUCUUUGUACAUUGUUUGAGUUGAGUGGAGUUUUGGUUGAAGAAGUGUGAAAGUCUCCAAUUUUCGCUGUCAAUUAAGUGAUUCCUACAAGAGGCCUUCUAGCCAGCGUUAUCUGGUGUUGCAUUCCUUUUUUGAGGUUGAGUAUUCAAGUCCCGUGAAUUAGGAGUUGUGUAGAUUAGAAUAGAUUUGCAGUUGAAAAAAAUAAAAACUAAAUAAAUAAAAUAAGUGAUUUGUGCUUGUGUGUAAAAUUAUCUUUGUGUAUAAAAUUAUCUUUGUCUAUGAUUUUGUAUAAGGAAAAGUGUUUAUCUUGUGUGUAGUUUUGGUUUAAGUAUACUGAAACUCUUGUCCUCCAUUGACUUUGUG